GCUUGGGCGUGUGCCUGGCUCCGUGGCGGGAGGGAGCCGGCCAAUUGAAUGCACAACGCGGCUCUCGGUGCCAGUCUGUCCCUACUCAGGCGCACGUGCCUCCGCUGCCCCUGGCCAUGCUCCGUCAUAUCGUGCCCAAUUAUUACCGCCCUUCCCUUAUAACGCCAGCCCGCCUCCGAUAAUGGCCCACUUCUCAGCCACCCACUCUCCCCGGGACUCUCGAGCAGCCGUUUCAUCAUGCGCGUAACCUGGUUGUCUCUGUUCUCCCUCGCGACUCUGCUUGCCGGCUUCGCGUCUGCAGCACCUGUGGUGGUUUCACCUGUGGAGGAAGGUCUCGAGGCCCGCGAAGCGCUCGACGCAGUGAGUCCAUCACUUCUCGGUCGUGUGUUCUUGUGGGUGACAGUGUGUCCCUCGUCUAGCGUCAAGGCGAGUGGGGAGGAUCGAGCAGUUGGUAGAUGCAGCCCAUCGCGACGGUAUCUUAUUGGCCUCGUGCGUAUUUCCAUUCGACCCGUUGCCUGCGACGUUUCCUGAACCCCGUUCCCGCAGCUCGCUCGAUCUCCUCUCUUGCGCUUCGUCGCGGCCCACCUUCCUUCUUCUUGGCUCUCCUCUGGCUUGUCGGUCUGUUGGCGGCGCACUGGGACGGGACGAUGCCUUCACUUGCGACGCGUCCGCUCCUUCCUUGUUGUUGAUUCUGAGUUAUUCCGCUUGAAAUUCUGCAAUGUACCCCUAGUUGUACUUACUCUACUGUGCAACAUCUACUGAGCCUGUUGUAGCCUU